ACCCGCUCAUGCCCCCCCCCCCAGGGUCCGCUUGUUGGGCUGUGAGGUCGUAGGUCCCUGACGCUGAUUGAUAGCCAGUGAGAGAGGGAGCAACCAGCCAGCCCACGAUGAAGACGCCUCUUGCCUCGUUGCUCUGGCGCUCGCUCCGCGUGUACCAGGUCUUUGGGGCGAACACGGAUGUCGGAAAGACUGUCUUCACCACGCUGCUCGGCAGGACGGCCCGGCGUCGUUGGAAUGAUGAGCGCGUGACGUUUCUCAAGCCGGUGUCGACGGGGUCGGCGGAUGAAGCCGAUGAUAAUCAUAUCAGGCGCUUCGCGGACGGUGUUGCGCAUAAGACGCUCUUCCAAUACGACAUUCCCGUGAGCCCUCAUACGGCAGCUCUCGCAUCAGGGCAGCCCAUUCCCUCCGACGACGCGCUCCUCGCGAAAUGCCGCGAUUUCGCCGCCGAGUGCGCAGCGCAGGGCAAAGGCUGGCUCUUUCUAGAGACCGCGGGGGGCGUCCAUUCGCCUGGUCCGUCAGGAAGCACGCAGGCCGACAUCUAUAUUCCCCUGCGCGCUCCGACCGUGCUCAUAGGUGACUCCCGCCUCGGUGGCAUCUCGCAGACCAUUUCGGCGUUUGAGUCGCUUCGUAUGCGCGGUUACGAUGUCGAGUCUAUCAUGCUCUUCCAGGACGCCACGUAUGAAAACUACCAGUACCUAACGGAAUACUUCACCAAGCGGCAUGGCGUCCCCGUGACGAGUAUGCUCGAGCCGCCUCGGCGGGUCGAGGAUGCCAAGGAGGAUGCGGAAGCCAUGUCAGAAUACUAUGCCCGCAAGGACUGCGAGAGUGUAAUCUCCGGCGUCCUCGAGCACCUCGACCGCCGCCAUGUCGAGCGCAUCGCCUCCAUCGAAUCGCUAGCCACCAAGGCGCAUCAGCAUAUCUGGUAUCCCUUCACGCAGCAGAGCCUGGUUGGCGCCAAGGACAUCAUGACCAUCGACUCUGCUCACGGCGAUUACUUCCAAACCCUGGUGCCCGAGAAGAAAGGCGCCCAGGAUCAUCAGCCCGUGCUUCGUUCCUCGUUUGACGGGUCCGCCUCUUGGUGGACGCAAGGCCUCGGCCACUCGAACCCGCAGCUGACCCUCGCCGCCGCCUACGCGGCUGGCCGCUACGGGCACGUCAUGUUCGCCAGUGCCGUGCACCAGCCGGCUAUGGCGCUCGCGGAGCUUCUCCUAGAUGGCAUGGGCAAUCCGCGCAUGAACCGCGUCUUCUUCUCCGACAACGGCAGCACGGGCACCGAGGUCGCCGUCAAGAUGGGUCUGCGCGCGGCGCGUGUCCGGUACGGCUGGGGCACCGAGCAGAAGCUCGGCGUCCUGGGACUCAAGGGCGGAUACCACGGUGAUACGAUCGGCGCCAUGGACAUGUCCGAGCCCUGUGCGUUCAACGAAAAGGUCGAGUGGUACGAGGGCAAGGGCUUCUGGUUCGACUAUCCCACCGUCCUCUGCGCAGAUGGCAAAUGGUCCGUCACCGUCAACGACGCCCUGUCAAAGGACAUUGGGCACGGUCAGUCGUACGCGUCUUUGAGCGACGUCUUCGAUGUUGAGGGCAGGGAAAGGCGCGGCGAACAUCACCGAUAUGAAGAAUACAUUACCAAAACGCUAGAAGCACUCCACCAGCGGGGACAAAAGUUUGGCUCCCUUAUCAUGGAACCCAUCGUCCUCGGUGCGGGCGGCAUGGAGCUGGUUGACCCCCUGUUCCAGCGCGCUCUCGUCAACGUCAUCCGCCGCUCGGCGCACCUCUUCGGCACAUCAAACGAUGCCGCCGCGCCCAAGGACGACAAGGACUGGAGUGGAUUGCCAAUCAUCUUUGACGAAGUCUUUACCGGCCUGUACCGGCUUGGUCGCUUCACGUCGUCGUCGUUCCUCGGUGUCCAUCCAGAUAUUUCGGUUCAUGCGAAGCUGCUGACUGGCGGUCUGGUGCCGCUUUGCACCACCUUGGCCUCGGAGCACAUCUUUGAUGUGUUCAGCAGCACCGACAAGACCGACGCGCUGCUUCACGGCCACAGCUACACUGCCCACCCCAUAGGCUGCCAGGUUGCUCUGGAAUCGGUAAAGGAGAUGCAGGCAAUGGAACAGCGUGGAGACUGGGACUGGGCCAAGAACCAGGGAUGGUCAAGCUCUCCUACUGCCACUCCCUCGGAGGGCAGCGCUACGUGUACCGACCGCGUCUGGUCGUCAUGGCCGCGUCGCUUCAUCGAGGAUCUCUCGCGCAACACGAAGCGCGUGUCUGGCGUUUGGGCGCUGGGCAACGUCCUGUCUAUCCAUCUUCGCGACGCCGCCGGCACUGGGUACAGCAGCAAUGCGGCGCUAGGCUUGCGUGAAGCUCUCGCCAAUGGAAAAGAGUCGAGUGAGGGGGGCCCAUGGAACGUGCAUUCCAGGGUCCUCGGCAACGUCUUGUAUGUAAUGACGGGCCAGAAGACAUCGGAGAAGAGUGUCCGGCAGAUUUCGGAACUGCUGAAGCAGAGCCUAGCUUAGAGCCGCCGCAGUACGUUCACGCGUACUGAAGCAUGCGCGUAUAGGACCUUCAUCCUGUCACAACAGACACUUUCAACCUUGCACCAAAUGAUCAAGAG